AGCUAGGAAGGAGCUCUAGAUGGCGGAUGAUCCUUAGGAAGGCUGCUAUGGGCUGUCGUCAUUCCGUUUUUCUUGCUCCCCUGUGUCGACUGAGGCGACGUCCUGCUAUGUUCAAGUGAUGCCUCCGCUCACUCGCUCGACGUUUUGACGGGUUUGACGCCGUUUCGCUGGGCUUUGGUGUCCGUUUUUGCGCGUCGACGGAGCCGUCUCUGCUGUGGGAGUUGCUCGCCGUUGUUUUCUAUGCAGGGCUCCGGCAGCCAUGGCGCGCCUCCAUUUUUAGAGUGCUGCUCGCUUCUUGUCUCGCUGACGCUUGACAGCAGAGCACCUUAGCCAAAGGCCUACGAUGUAUUUAAAACGGGAUUCUUUUGGUAUUUAAUGACAAGUAAUUUACUUUUUGGGGGGCUGCCUCUGCCGAUUUGACGUUUUAUUUAAUUUUUGCAACCACGGCGAAUCGAAAGGAAAUAGUGCAAUCUAUCGGCACUACAUCGCUCCGGGAUUGCUCUGUUUACAUUGAUUUCUUUAUUAAUCCCACAUUAUCUUCACGUUUAACUUUAUUCUUAACGGAGUCGUUUUUUUUUUUGAUGACGCAGUUUGAAUUAAUUGAUGCGACUCGGCACUUGGACACAUUGCUGGCAUAUGUAGGCUAAAUGAAUAGCACAUGCCGUUAGCAAGUAUAUUUCGUGUAUAUAACAGAUGUGUAUGUAUCUAUAAUGAACAAUCACUUGUAUUAAAUUCCACUUUCUCCUCUCGCGUCGCACCGUUUGGGAUCUAAAGUGCUUGCCGAGGAGCGAAGAGAAUAGCGAGGCACUUGUAUGCUACGUUAUGCCUCCUGGAACUUUUUGAGACGAAUACCAGGACACAAGAUCACCUCUCCCAAAGGAUCUAUACACUUGCAUUGAAAACACACACACAUUUUUCUUCAACGAUGAAGAACAGAAAUAAAAAGCAAGGGGAUGAAGGAUCGACUCAAAGCAAUGCUUCCAGCAUUUCCGCCUCGGAUGAAUCCAACUGCUCGGCAUCGGAGUCGGGGAGUCAGUCUGAGAGCGAGCGCGGCAGCGAUCAUGGCGGCGAGAGGCGACGGCCCCGCCAGUCUGAGUCCAACAGCUCCUCGGGGUCGGAGAGCCGCUCGGGGAGCGGCAGCGAGUCUGCCGAGUCCAAGAGGCAACCGAGCAGCCAUCUGAAAGACAAGCCAGUGAAGAAGAAGGAACGUCUGGCUGAUGUCAAGAAGAUGUGGGAGGAGCAUCCAGAUGUGUACGGGGUCAGAAGGUCAAAUCGCAGUCGACAGGAACCAUCUCGCCUGAACAUCGGCGCUGGGGGCAGCAGUGACUCCGAAAGUGAAAGUCCCAAAAGAAAAAGCUCUCGAGUCAAAAAGAAGGAUAUCUGGAAUGAUGAUGAUGAUGAUGAUGAUGAGGAGGAGGAAGCUUCCAGCAGUACAGACAGUGAGCAGGAAGAGAAAAAAGUAAGAUCCAGACGACUUCCUGCUAGAAGACCCCAGACAAAAUCAUCAAACAAAAAACUCUCCCAAAAAGCAAGAAAGUCCAGGAAACAAGAAUCCUCUCCUGAGGACGAGGAUGACGACGAUGAGGAUGAUGAGGAUGAUGAUGACGAGGAGGAAGAGGAGGAGGAGGAGGAGGAUGAUGAUGAUGAUGAUGAGGACACUCCAAAGAGACAAACUCGCCGAAGAGGGGCAACUAAAGUCAAAAGCUAUAAAGAAGACCAACAUGACUUUGAAACGGACUCUGAUGACCUCAUCGAGAUGACGGGCGAUGCGUGCGAGGAGCAGCAAGAUGACGACAGCGAGACCAUUGAGAAAGUCAUGGACACCAGGAUCGGCAAAAAAGGAGCCACCGGCGCUCCCACGACCAUGUACGCCGUCGAGGAGAACGGGGACCCGUGCGAAGGCUUCGACCCCAACGACCAAGAAGGGGAAACGCAGUAUCUGGUCAAGUGGAAGGGCUGGUCGUACAUCCACAACACGUGGGAGAGCCUGGACUCGCUGACGCAGCAGAAAGUCAAGGGCCUGAAGAAGCUGGACAACUUCAAAAAGAAAAAUGAAGAGCUCAGCGCAUGGUUGAAGAAGGCGUCUCCCGAGGACGUCGAGUUCCACAACUGCCAGCUGGAGCUCAUCGCAGACUUGAACAAGCAGUUCCAGUUUGUGGAGCGCGUCAUCGCGACCAAAACGGGAAAAACUCACGGCUCCUCUGACUUCCCGUCUCACAGUCACAAGACGGCGUCCAACGAGCCCGAGUACCUCUGCAAGUGGAUGGGCCUCCCCUACUCGGAGUGCAGCUGGGAAGACGGCGCGCUGGUCAUGAAGAAGUUCCAGCACUGCAUUGACGGCUUCUUGAACCGCAACUCCAGCAAAACGCUCCCCUCCAAAGACUGCAAGGUGUUGAAACAAAGACCGAGAUUUGUCGCUCUGAAAAAACAGCCCACGUAUAUUGGAGACGAGAACCUGGAACUGAGAGACUAUCAGCUGGCCGGCCUCAACUGGCUCGCUCACUCCUGGUGCAGGUGCAAUAGCGUCAUCCUGGCCGACGAGAUGGGUCUGGGAAAGACCAUCCAGACCAUCUCGUUCCUGUCCUACCUGUUCCACCAGCAUCAGCUCUACGGGCCCUUCCUGGUGGUGGUGCCGCUGUCCACGCUCACAUCCUGGCAGAGGGAGUUCAACACCUGGGCCCCCGACAUGAACGUCGUGGUCUACCUGGGCGACGUCAUGAGCAGGAAAACGAUCCGCGACUACGAGUGGGUGAACCACCAAACCAAAAGAAUCCGUUUCAAUGCACUCUUAACCACUUAUGAAAUUCUCCUCAAAGACAAGGGAGUCCUCGGAAACAUCAACUGGGCCUUCCUCGGUGUUGACGAGGCUCACCGGCUGAAAAACGACGAUUCCCUCUUGUACAAAACCUUGAUGGAGUUCAGGUCAAACCACAGGCUCCUCAUCACCGGCACGCCGUUGCAGAACUCGCUGAAAGAGCUCUGGUCGCUGCUGCACUUCCUCAUGCCGGACAAGUUUGACUCGUGGGAAGAUUUCGAGGACGACCACGGCAAAGGAAGAGAGAACGGCUACCAGAGUCUUCACAAAGUCCUCGAGCCGUUCCUGCUGCGACGUGUCAAAAAGGACGUGGAGAAAUCACUCCCUGCCAAAGUGGAGCAGAUUCUUCGCGUUGACAUGAGUGCGCAGCAGAAGCAAUUUUACAAGUGGAUUUUAACGCGGAAUUACAAAGCUCUUUCCAAAGGCACCCGAGGCAGCUCCUCGGGCUUCCUGAACAUUGUGAUGGAGCUGAAAAAGUGCUGCAACCACGGCUUCCUCAUCAAGCAGCCCGAGGAGGGAGAGCUCGAGUCACAACAGGAACAACUGCAGGCUCUGGUGCGGGCCAGCGGGAAGUUGGUGCUGCUGGACAAGCUGCUCACCCGCCUCCGGGAACGAGGCAACCGAGUGCUGAUUUUCUCGCAGAUGGUUCGAAUGUUGGACAUCCUGGCUGAAUACCUCACCAAGAAACGUUAUCCCUUCCAGCGAUUGGACGGCUCCAUCAAGGGAGAAAUUCGAAAGCAAGCACUGGACCACUUUAAUGCCGAAGGCUCAGAGGACUUUUGCUUUCUCUUGUCCACGAGAGCCGGAGGCUUAGGGAUAAACUUGGCCUCGGCCGACACCGUGGUCAUCUUCGACUCUGACUGGAACCCUCAGAAUGACCUGCAGGCACAAGCCAGGGCUCAUCGGAUCGGCCAGAAGAAGCAGGUGAAUAUAUAUCGACUGGUCACCAAGGGAACGGUUGAGGAGGACAUUAUUGAGAGGGCCAAGAAGAAGAUGGUUUUGGACCACCUGGUCAUCCAGCGAAUGGACACCACUGGCCGAACGGUACUGGACAGCAACUCGGGCAACACCAACUCCAAUCCGUUCAACAAGGAAGAGCUCACCGCGAUCCUCAAGUUUGGUGCCGAAGAACUCUUUAAAGAGGCGGAAGGAGAAGAGUCUGAACCCCAGGAAAUGGACAUUGAUGAGAUCCUCAGGUUGGCUGAAACCAGAGAAAGUGACCAGGGCCAAAGUGCCACUGAUGAGCUGCUGUCUCAGUUUAAGGUGGCCAAUUUUUCCAGCAUGGAGGAGAGCGCUCCCGACCUCGAGGAAAAGCCCUCUCGGGAAUGGGACGACAUCAUCCCCGAGGAGCAGCGGCGGAAAAUGGAGGAGGAGGAAAAGCAGCGGGAAAUGGAUCUCUUCAUGCUGCCCAGAAGCAGGAGCUCCAACAAGCGGGCUCAAGCCAACGACAGCGACAGUGACGUGGGCUCCAAGCUCAAGCAACACUCCUCCGGCUCUGACAGCGAGACCGACGACAGCGACGAGGACAAGAAGCCAAAGAGGAGAGGCCGCCCUCGAGCCCGCAAGAACAACGUGGAAGGUUUCAACGAUGCUGAGAUACGCAGGUUCAUUAAGGCUUACAAGAAGUUUGGAGCGCCACUUGAAAGGUUGGAAGCCAUCGCGCGGGACUCGGAGCUGGUGGACAAAUCGAUCGCAGACCUGAAGCGACUGGGCGAACUCAUUCACGGCAGCUGCGUGGCGGCGGUGCAAGAGCACGAGGAAAACCUGAAAGAGAACCCAAUUGAAGCCAAAGGGCCCGGCAAGCGGCGAGGAAUAAACAUCAAGAUCUCGGGGGUGCAGGUCAACGCCAAGUCCAUCGUUCAGCACGAGGAGGAGUUUGAGCCCCUGCACAAAGCCGUGCCCGCCGAUCCGGCCGAGCGCAAUACGUUCAAGCUCGGAUGCAGAGUCAAGGUUGCCCACUUCGAUGUGGACUGGAAUGCCGAGGAUGACGUUCAGCUCUUACUGGGAAUUUACGAGCACGGAUUCAGCAACUGGGAUCUGAUCAAGACCGAUCCGGACCUCAAGCUGGCUGAAAAGAUCCUGCCGGACGAUCCAGGCAAGAAGCCUCAGGCCAAGCAGCUGCAGGCGAGGGCCGAGUACCUCCUCAAGCUGCUCAAAAAGGAACAAGACAGCGCCGAUGCGUCCAAAACGGGGGACGAGGUCAAAGUGAGGAAAAGGAAGCCUCGGGUGAAGAAGGCGAAGGCCGUCAAAGACGAGCAGGGCAACAGCAUCUCGUCGCCGCGCCUGUCGGACAAUCCGUCGGAGGAGGGCGAGCUCAAGGAGGAAGGAACCGAGAAAUCCCCUGCCAAGAAACGACCGAAGAAGAAGGAUAACAAGGAGAACAAAGAGAAGCAGGGAACCCCCAAAAAGGAGAAGGAUGGCGAGAAAGAAAAAGCAAACAAGGCCAGGAAAGAGAAGCCGAAAGGAGCCAAAGGGAGGAAAAGUCAAGGACCCGUUCACAUCACGGCGGGCUCCGACCCCGUCCCCAUCGAAGGAAAAGAGGACGACAAACUGGACCAGGAGACUUUCAGUAUUUGCAAGGAGCGCAUGAGGCCGGUGAAGAAGGCCCUAAAGCAGCUGGACAAACCCGACGAGGGCUUGUCGGACCAGGACCAGCUCCAGCACACGCGCACGUGCCUGCUGAAGAUCGGCGACCGCAUCACCGAGUGCCUUAAAGCGUACGGCGACCCCGAGCACGUGAAAAUAUGGCAACGAAACCUCUGGAUUUUCGUGUCCAAGUUUACGGAGUUUAGCGCCCGGAAGUUGCACAAGCUCUACAAGAUGGCCCAGAAGAAACGCUCCCACGAGGAAGAGAAGGAGCACAAGAAGAAGGACGAGCCCUCCGGCAGAGGGAAGCCUUUCCGGCCGGACGCUUCGGCGUCCGGUCGCGAAGCCGCGGGCUCGCAGUCGGCUUCGUCUCACGCCAUGCAGUCGGGCCCGCACGGACACCACCGAGAUUACAACGUGGGCGCCAAGCGGCACUUCCCCAACGAUGACCGGGGGGACUGGCAGAGGGAGCGCAAGUACAAUCACCCGGGCAACCCGUCGUGGCAGGGCGAGCGGCAUCACCCGUACGACGCCCACCGCUACAAGGACCACUACGGCGACCGGCACGCCCACGGUGACUCGUACCGCAGCGCCGGCGGCUACCGCAACAAUAGCUCGCCGCGCAAGAGGCCCUACGACCUGUACGGCAACGACCGGGACCACCGGCCGCAUCGGCCCUACUACGACAGACACCAGGACUCCAAAAGAAGGCGUCCGGACGACUUCCGCUCCAACUACCACCACCAGGGACGCGACGGCCCCUCUCAGGACUUCCGCCGGAUGCCCGAGCACCGGGCCGGCCCCCCGCUGGGCCAAGACCACUACGGCAGACCAUUCCACCUGGAUAAAGCCUCGCCGCUGGACCCGCGCUCACCGCAGGCCCAGAAGUCCCCGCAUGACUCUCGCUCGUCCCCGGCGGAGCCCAACCCCCCGACCGAGGCCACCUGGAACCACAGGAAGGCCUAAAACUUUUGGACUGGACCGGUCAUAAGCUUGAUGCGAGCGGACAGUGUUGCCCUCAAAGACGGACAGCGAACCAUCUCCAGUGAAGUGACUGGACAAAAUGGAACGGAGGCUGAGUCCCAUGGACUACUUUUUACGGUGGCUUUCGGACACGAUGAACUUUUGACUGACCUUAAAGUGCCUGGUUGUGUUUUUUUGUUGUUGUUUUUGUUUGUUUUUUUUUUAAUGCACGACAAGGGGGAAUUCUGAUGAUUUCUGUGUGUUUAGCUUUAAGUGUCAUUGAACAAUGUGAGUACACAAGAAUGUGUCAUCGCGUGCACUUUUUUUUUCUUUUCAUCCCCCAGCAGCAGCAUUUGUUAGGGUUGCAAAAGGGUGGAAGAUUUCCUGUAAAUAACCAUGGGCAGGUUUGGAACUAUUCCAGAUUGGAAUACUUUCGCGGGAAUUGAUUUGGAAUGGAGGUUAAUGUACUGUAUUUUGUUCAGGCGUAACUAUCAACAAUUAUUUUGUUUUGUCAUAAGUAGAAAUCGAUUCACAAUAAGCUAGCUCUCCUUGCGAGGACAUUCCUGUCUUUAAUCAGGCCCCCCCACCCCAAUCAUGUCUGAAUCCAAAUUUUACUUGCAGAUCAAAGCAAAAAAAAAAAAAACAUGCGUAAUGUAUAUUCUAUUGAAAUUCCCUCUUAAGAAUCAAGCUUCCAUUUAGUAAAAUCCGGGUUUAUUCCAUAAAAUUUCCGGACCCGGCGUCAGCACAGGGACACCUGCGACCACCACUUGAUAUGUUUGAUAGCGUUAGGAUUUCUGUCAACAACUCACUAUUCCAUCUCUUUUACCAAAACACGAAAAGAGCCUGUUCGUCACCUGCACUCUUAAUUCCCAUGGGAAGUUCCACCACGAAAAGAGUUCCCUUCAUUUUGCACCUCUGGCAUUUGUUGCAAAAUGGUGGCUAAAGCCGGCGGUCAUGGAAGACUCAACCAUGCCGCUACUUUUGCCACCAGAGUGGUGUUUCCCCCCAACCUUUUUUUCAUUUCCGGCACAUAUUUUACAUGACAAAAAAAAAAUACUCGCAGCAUUGGAGCAAACAAAAAUGUCAAAAAAAGUAUUGAAAUCAUCGCCACCUUGGCUCUAUUUCCUCACAGAUGAAGCUGUUCCUCCGUUGUCGCCGAGGCAAAACACGGUUUAGUUUUCUCUCCCGCCAUCUAGAGGAUGACCGUGGAAUUGUUCUCCUUGUCCCGAUGCAUUGCUAGUGUAGUUCGAUGAACAGACAUGCAUCAUUUUUUGCAGAAAUUAAGUCUUUUUCUAUCAAGUGGCAAAUUUCCAAGGAAACUAAAAUGUGAAGAACCAGUAUUAGUUGCGUCGUAACACUCGGAUGACCCUUUAGGCUCUUUUUCCCUCGAGGUGUUCAGGAAUGAGCGUGUGUUUGUUGGAGGGCACUUGGCUCCCAGUGCCAAAUGCGAGCCUCUAGUCUGCGCUUUCCCCUUUCUCCCGUUUGUGCCUUAUGCAUGGGCGGUACUCUAUGGUGGUCCUUGCACACUACUUGCGGGGGAGGGAGGCUUGCUGCUGAGUAUAGUACAGUAUUUAAAUCAAGGAGGAGGGGGAGGAUUUUCAGUGCGUGGGGAUGUAAUUGUGCUUGCUGUGCAAAUGGCAAAAGAAUUGAUUUUGUUCGUCAGGGACAAAAAUCACGCGUAGACCACGCAGUGCAUGCGUUGGUGUACUUGGUUGAAUUUUAGUGUUGCAAAGGAAUGGAAAUUUCCCAGCAAAUUUCCUUGCGACUGGAAGGAAGGAAAUUUGGAAAUAAUGAGCAAAAUUUCCCAAGGAAACUUUCCCAGUUUCAAAAUGUCCAGCAUUUUGCAACCCUAAUGGAAUUUGUUCAAAAUCUUUUGAGUGAGUUGAUCUUUGAAGGAAUGCUGGGAAGUGGCCAUACAGAGGCUAAAAUGGCCGCCUUGCUGUGUCUUUUCGGGCAUGUCUUUGUGAGACUUUUUUUGGUGGGUCUGCUUUUGGUAGCUGUGCCUCCCAAAUUUCAGUCCAACUGAUUUCGGGGGCUGAAUUUGUCUCAAUGUUAUGAUGAAUUAUUUGUAAAUUUUCACAAGUAUAGAGUAUUUCAGUGUCGAAAAUCCCUGAAAAAUUCAAGCUGAUUUUUGCACUGUGAGGAAAACAAAACAAAACUUACAAAUCAUGUAAAAAUGCCCCUAAUAUAUAUUUUAAAAAUCCCAUUUUAAGGACAUACGGAAUGGCUCAAUUACGUGAAAACUGGCGAAGGGACCAUGUAUCUAAGUGGUAAUCAUCAUGUAUUGUAUGUGGUAGAAAUACAAAAAAAAAAAAAGUGUUUUCUCCUCUUCUUCCUCCGGCACCACAUCAAGCAAGCUCCAGUCCUUGUAUGAUCUGUUCUCCCAGGAAAAAAAAAGUCUAAAUAAUUUAUAUUUGUGACAACAACCACUCUUGAUGAGAAAUGCUCUUGUACAUAUGUUUGGACAUAUGUAAUAAAAAUUUGUUACA